CCAUCUCUUCAAAAAACGUUGUUUUAGCAUCUCACGUGGAUUUGUUAAAACCUUCACAUUGCUGUGGAUUUCGAAUUGAUUAGUUUCUAUUUUUUCAUCUAUAAAAAAAAACAUUUUGGGAAAUAUGGGUAUUUAUACUAUGGCUAUAUUUUGUGUUGCGUUGCUUUGUGCACCUUACCCGUGCCUGCAGUGUCCGUUAGGCUGCGAAUGUUUUGCCGCUACGCGCACAGUCAAGUGCGUCUCCAAGGAUCUGCGCGCGGUACCCCAAGGUAUUCCAGGAUACACAAGGGCUGUUAUUAUCACUGGGAACAAUAUCUAUAGAAUCGGACCGGAUUCCUUCAAUACACUGGACAACGUCACAAACCUGAUUUUGAGCAACAAUGGAAUAUCAGAGAUUGCGUCUCACGUCUUCUCUGUCUUGUCUAACCUGCGUUACCUGGACCUAAGCUGCAACCGGCUGGCUCUUAUCCACCCCGAGGCGCUCAGCAUUCCUGGCAGCCCUCUCCAGGAACUCAACCUGAGCCGCUGUCUCUACAACACCACCUCCCUGACCGACCUCACCACCGCCCUGCGCUGGGGGGGCUUGGGCGGGCUGCUCCGCCUGGACCUGUCUGGCAACCACCUGGUCCUCCUGCCCCCGGGCAUGUUCUCCCACCUCCCCAGUCUGCAGCACCUCCUCCUGCCCAACAACUCCCUGAUGGCUGUUUACAACGGCACCUUCUCGGGCCUCCCGCGCCUGGAGGUGCUGGACCUGAGCCACAACGCCUUGAGCACCUUCCGAGCAGACGCCGUGCAGGAGCUGGCGAGGCUGGGCCGAGCCCGCGUCCUGCUCAGCCGCAACCCCUACACCUGCUCUUGUGAGAUCCUCGACUUUGUUGUCUGGCUGAACAGCUCUCGGGCCGUGGUGGGGGACGCGGAGACCCUGAGCUGCAGCUCUCCUCAGGAGUUUCGGGGUACGCGUCUGAGGGGACUCGGGGUACAGACCAUAGGCUGCCGCGGUCCCAUACAGGGAGAGGUGGCCGAACUUUCCCUGCAGACCUCGUAUGUGUUCCUGGGGCUGGUGCUGGGGUUUGUCGGCAUGGUCUUUCUCUUCGUUCUUUAUCUAAACCGUCAAGGUAUUCAAAAGUGGAUGGUAGACAUGCUGGAUGCCUGUCGGGAUGUGUUGGAAGGGUAUCACUACCGCUACGAGAUCGACUCGGACCCGCGGCUUGGGCACCUCUCGGCGGACGGUCGUCUGGGGAAGGUACCAGGGAAUGCCCGCUUUGGUCAGGCUCCCUCGGACAUGCGGUCAACACCGCUAGCUUUAGACAGUUGUCUAGUUCAGAUCCCCACAGACACGCAGCUCAAACAGGUGUCCAUCUCACCUCCCGUUGAUUUGUGAUUCCCCCUUUCAGGGACAUUCGCAUUUAGGGACAUGCGAAGCUGUAAAAUAUGUUAAGUAGGUGUUAAUGAUUUCUGACAAGAUUUCUGCGAACAAAUGUCUCAACAAAAAAUGGUGAAUUGUUUGGACACUGAUACUGGCCAAAGGAGCUAACAGCUUACCCCGGCCUC